AUCAGGAACCACCUUGAUAAAUCAAAAAUGAAGUUCUCGUCAGCUCUCGCCAUUGCAUCUGCUCUCCUCGCCGCUUCCCCCGUUCUCGCAAAGACCGAGUCCGGCAAGGCAGACUCUAUCCGCAUCCUCUCCUGGAACUUGCGCUAUGAUUCAAAGUCGAACAAAAUCACCGUCGAUGAGACCAUCGACUCGUUGAAUGCUACCAUUCCCAACGACGACGAGGUCUCGUACUUCACCAACUACACCGAACACGCGUGGUCGGACCGUCGCAUCGGCGUCUCGAAUGAGAUGCUCUUCAACAAGCCCGACGUUAUCUGCGUCCAGGAGGCUCUUCAUCGUCAGGUCGAGGAUUUGCUCGAUCUCUUGCCUGGAUUUGAGUACAUUGGCGUCGGCAGAGACGACGGCAAUCAGUCGGGCGAGUACGAGGCCAUCUUCUACCGCACUGAGAAAAUCAAGGUUCUGGACUGGAGCACUUUCUGGCUCUCAGACGACCCCUUCGAGCCCUCGAAAUACCCCGGCGCCGGCUCCUACCGCUCCGCCACCGUCGGCCACCUGCGCACAAAGUCCAAGUCCGAGUUCACCGCGAUCUGCACCCACUGGGAUGACAAGUCCGACGAGCAGCGCCAGCUCGCCGGGUCCAUGAUCCGCUACCGCGGCGCGUACGAGGCCGAGACUACCGGUAACCCUGUGUUUGCCUUUGGCGACUUCAACUCGCCGUCGACCGGCGGCGACAGCGGUGGAUACAAGAUCAUCACGGGCGAGAGCGACAUGCUUACCAUGAACGAGACCUUUGUCGAGACCUACAACUCCUCCAUCUCUGAUACUUUUGUCUUCAAGGAUUUCCUCCACGAGACUGAUGCUCAGUUCCGUAUGGGCCAUUUCGCUACCUGCACUGGUUUCACCGAGGUCGACACUCAGGGAUCGACGAGAGUCGAUUUCCAGCUUGGUGGCUCGAACGGUGGCUGGAGCACGACUGCGUUCAAGGUCAUGAACGAGUUCUACGAUACCGGUUACCAUCUCUCUGACCACAGACCUGUUAUCUCCGACGUUAUCGUUGGAUAUACCGACUAAGUCUGUUAGAUAUGACUGGAUAGUGCGAAAAGUAUUGAUUUCAGAUAAAAAAAAGUUUGUAAUUAAGAUGCUAGCACAAAUAA